AUGCCCGCUCUCGAUGCCGACGCCUCGCGCUUCCUCGCGCCUCGCAAGUCGCCCUCCAGACAAACCCUCGGCCGCAAGACAUCUGCCUCCUUCCGUUCCCCAUCCUCGCUCGGUGAUGCUCUCAGCGCGGACGACGCGAAUGGCCGCCACUCCCUAGCCCACGAGCUCGCUGCAGCACUACUUCCCGAGCCGAGUGCGGGCUCGAAACUGCUCGCGGAGGAGUUUGGGAUCGAGUACGACGAGGGUGCCGAGGGCAUCGACGGCCUCCCCGCCGACUCCGCGGACGGCACCCGGACACCCACCUUCCACGAGGACACGCAGUUCGAUGGCCUCCCAGACACCAGCGGGGCCGAGUCCCUCGCUUCGCAGCUCAACGGAGCCUCCCGUCUCAGCCCCGCCCGCUCUCACCACGACUCCCCACUCUCACCCGCCGUCUCCGUCCCCGAUAUCGACCCGGACUUCCGCAGCCCGCAGGUCUCGCCGACGGCCGCGGUCCGCCCGCACACUCCCUCCCGACGAUCCCAGCCCGAGCAGCAAGACCCGAUGGCCAUCCUCGCCGCCGACCUGGAAUACACGGAGCGGUUCCUCGCCCAGCUCCGGAGGCUCGACUCGGGGGAGCCCUCAGGUGCGCCGUCCGCCCCCGCGUCCGCGUCCCCUCCCGCGCCUUCCUCCGCCGCGCUCGAGAAGCUCGCGUCGGACGUCAUCCGGCGGAUCAACGACGCGGCCCGCGACCGCGAGGGCCAGUUGCGCGAGCUGCUCGAGUGCGAGCGCGAGUUCCGCAAGAUCGCGGGCGAGGUCGGCGGCAACGACGCGCUCGCCGUCCUGCCCGAGCUCGAGGACCUCGUGCGGGACGAAGUCCACCCCGCCGGGCCCUCCUCCGCGCGCGCCCCCGCGGCGGCGGCCGCUUCCGAGGCCCACGAGCCGUCCGCAGCCGCAGAGGACCCGAACGACUGGGAGGUCGACCCGGACCGUGCGCUGCUCGGUGACGCCGAGGACGAGCAUGGGGAUCCUCUCGACGACCCGUACGGCGAGCCGCAGUACUCGCCCACGCCAGCGAAGUCCGAGUUUCCGCCGAUCCCUCCCGUACACGGGCCUGCCACCCCCGCGGCGGCCCUUCCCCUGCUCGUCAACCUCCGCACGUUCACCGCUUCCACCGCGUCGUCGCUCGCGACAAUAUCCGAGCACACGCAGGUGAACGCCGCCGCGACGACGGAAGCCGGGCGCAAGAUCCGCGCGCUCAAGAACAAGCUCGGCGGAUGGCGGACGGAGUGGGACAGCGCGGAGCGGAGCCGCGUUCGGAUAGAGCGCUGGGAGGCCGGGAUCGUCGACGGGGACACGCCGCCCACGGGCUCGACGUCGCCCCCAAGGUUGCAGCGGAGGGUCGACGGUCGGAAGAUCGUGCAGGAGCACCUGGAGGCAUUCGAGAAGGCACUCACGGAGGCGCAUACGAAGACACAGGCGAUCAUCGCCGCCGUUUCGUGA